AUGUUAAUUCAAGAAACAGUCAGCGAGAUGGAGGCUGCUGAAAAGACGGCUAACCUCCAGUUGUUACCGGAUCAUUUGGCUGCUGAAAAGACGGCUAACCUCCAAUUGUUACCGGAUCGUUUAGCUGCUGCCGAUGCCGUGGUGGAUGGUCUCCGCAAAGCACUUCGGACGACAAACAACCCUGGCACGCUGACAUUUAUGAGCUCCGCCAAGGCAGCCAUGGCGUUUAACACCGCGCUUCUACGGCAGAUGCGCGAGUUGAGCCCCAACAUUACCGAGAUCGCUCAACUCCACAUGAUCAAUCGCAUUUUGAGCGCGAUAGAUCCAACCGCCAUCAACACGUUUGCCAGCAAGUGGGCCAAGUAUGUCGGCACCAAGGUUCCCAAGACACGCAAUUAUGUAUUUUGA